GUUGGGGGUUUGUUUGUGAUAGGCGUCCAGGAGGGAAUGCUAAGCAGGCAGCUGGACGUGAUGACACUUCGUUUCAGCGGCAGUUGGGGGUGGGGGUGCCUGCACUAGAGACCAGUAGAGGAGUCAAGCUGGCUCGGCUCUCAGGUUGCCCCCUGCUGGCUUUCCUGCUAAGGAUCGUCCUCUUCCCAAAUUCCAGUACAUUCCCCACCCCUUAGCAGCAGGGGAGGGGGCCAGAGGCUUCUUUCUAAGGAGAGACCAGGGACCCCUGGUUCUUUCCUCUCCCACCCCUCGUACUUCCCAGGGCCUGGCCUGCCCCGGUGGUUCCUUGGAGAUAGGGCUGGGAAAGGAACCAGAGCCCGCUGCCCCGCGCACAUGCAGCACAGCCUUGGGUAUAGGGAAAACCUUGUCGCCAUGGCUUUAAGUCUCUCAAGGAAGGGGGUCCACUGCCCUGUGUUCACCAAGCUGAGGCAGACAGAGAAGGAAGUGGGCCAGGGGCGUGGAGAACACAGCCCGGCUGCUCCCCGGGCCGCUCACACAUGAAAACUUCCUGCGAUGAGAACGGAAGCACAGGUGCUGUCCCCACCAAGACAGCUCCCGGAGCUGAGGCCAGAGGGAAGCCAUGGACAGCCCCGGGCCCCAGUCCUGCUCUUAGCGCUGCUGACACUCUGCAUCACUGCUGGGACUCCUGAAGUGUGGGUGCAAGUUCAGAUGGAGGCCACUAAGUCCCCGUCCUUCACUGUCCGCUGUGGAUUCCUGGGAUCUGGCUCUGUCUCCCUGGUGACUGUGAGCUCUGGGGGGCCUGAUGGUGCUGGAGGGACUAGGCUGGCUGUUUUGCACCCAGAAUUUGGCAUCCAGCAGUGGUCCCCUGCCUGCCAGGCCCACUGGGAAACCAAAACCAGCAUCUCCCUCACCGUGGAAGAAGGGUCUGAGCGGAGAAGCCCCAGUCCCAACACCACUUUCUGCUGCAAGUUUGUUUCGUUUCCUGAGGGCUCCCAGGAGGCCUGUGGGAACCUCUUCCUCAGCACAGACCAAGGACUCCCUGCCCCUACUCCAGCUCCCAUGCUGCGGGCUGACCUGGCCGGUAUCUUUGGGGUGUCGGGGGUCCUCCUCUUUGGCUGCGUCUACCUCCUCCAUCUCCUGCAUCGGCAGAGGCACUGGUCUGUCACGAAGGUCCAGCCACCCCGCACCAGUCCCCCGAUACAGACGCGAGCAAGGGUGGCUGGUCAGGCCUCCUACACCACCUACACCACGGUCAACACCAGCUGCUACUGCCCGGCAGCUCUGGACGUGGUCCUCCCGCCCCCGCCCCUGUCCCGGUGGGCGGCGCUGCCUGCGCGCGCAGUCUGCCAGCCCCAGCCACCUGCCCCCUGGGAACCCCUGCCAGCGCCAGCACGCAGCAGUUUUAUCUCCAUGGAGAAUGGACUUUACGCUCAGGCGGGAGAGCGGCCUCUCCAAGCCGGCCCGAACCUUGUCCCUUUCCCGGACACUCUCGGGCACAGAGCCAUGGAGGGGCAUUUAGGAGUUCGAUAACAGGGCCCCCAAGUCCGCUUGGGCUUCCUCUCCUCUCAGACCUCUGGGACCCCCUUCUGGUGUCUGUGUCCUGGGGGCGCAUCAUCUUUGCACAUUUUAUUUUAUUCUUAGGCCUGCAUAAGUGUCUCCACACAUACCCGGCCAAGGCCCCCUUGCUGCGGAUGUGGUCAGCACGUGUGCAUGUGUGGGUACGUGUGGGCACACGUGUAUCUAUGUGAGGUGACAAAAUCCCAUCCCAGGUUGUUUCCUGUUUUCAAGUCCCCAGCCCUCACAGGUGACGUUGGUAACUAAGUUUAAAACAAAACAAAAAAAAAAAGUGGUUUCUGACUGGA